UAAUUAGAAACAUCACUUUUCACACCCACUCCUCUCUCUACCGUGUGGAAAAGCAUCAUCUCUCUUCGCCGUUAAUAUAAGCUCACUCUCUGCUCUUCCUAGACCACAUCUCAAACAUUGGUCACAAUUCACAAGCUUAGCUACAAAUUCUCAAAACUUACAAUACCUGCUUUACCUCAACCUCACGCAAUGGGAAAUUUUCUUUCAUUUCCUUCAAACACUAUGGGUGCGGCCACCGUCACAGUUGCAUUCUUGAUUAUCUGCUCAUUUCUUUGGCUAUCAAGAAACCUAAUAGUUAAAAAAAAGAAAGAAGCACCGGAAGCUGGUGGUGCGUGGCCGCUACUUGGCCAUCUUCAUCUCCUAGGAGGGCCGCAACCACCUCAUAUGGUAUUAGGAGACAUGGCUGAUAAACAUGGUCCUAUCUUUAGCAUAAAGAUGGGCAUACAUAAAACUCUAGUAGUAAGCGAUUGGGAAACUGCUAAAGAGUGUUUCACUACCAAUGACAGAACCUUCGCCGAUCGUCCCAGAAGCCUUGCUAUAGAGCUUUUGGCCUACGAUCGUUCCAUGUUUGCGUUCAGUCCGUAUGGUAAUCACUGGCGUCAAAUGCGUAAGAUCGCUACACUCGAGCUUCUGUCUAACCACCGUCUAGAGAUGCAGAGACAUGUACGAGAAUCCGAGAUGAGAACUGCUUUGAAAGAGCUGUACAAAGCAUGGGACAAUAGUAAAAGCUCAUCAAAUAGUAAGGUUUUGGUGGAUAUGAAAAGAUGGUUUGGUGAUAUAACCUUAAACAUAAUUCUGAGUAUCAUAGUUGGGAAAUCUGUCGGAUAUGUGACUACCAACAAAGAGAGCGACGAAGAAUGGAAACAAGCAUUGAGAGAUUUCUUCCAUUUAAUUGGGACGUUUGUGCCUGCUGAUGCGGUGCCAUUUUUAAGGUGGUUGGAUAUUGGGGGCCAUGAAAAGGCUAUGAAAAAUACUGCAAGAAAACUGAAUAUUGUUACACAACAAUGGCUGAAAGAGCACAAAGAAAAGAAAGCUUCCGGCCAGAGAGAAGAAGAUUUUAUGGAUCUGAUGCUUGAUCUCAUUGAUCAAGAAUCAGAAACAACUCUCUCUCACGAUGCUGAUACAAUUAACAAAGCCAUGUGCCUGCAACUUAUUCUGGCAGCAGCAGACACAACAUCAGUUACUUUGAUGUGGGCUUUAUCAUUAUUAAUGAAUAACCCUCAUGUCAUGAGAAAAGCUCAACAAGAAAUAGAUAUACACAUUGGCAAAGAAAGACAAGUGCGUGAAUCUAAUAUUAACAAUUUGAUUUAUCUCAACGCAAUAGUCAAAGAAACUAUGCGUUUAUAUCCUGCUGGACCUCUUUCAGUACCACAUGAAUCCAUGGAGGACUGCACAGUAGCUGGUUACCAUGUACCGCGAGGUACAAGACUACUUACCAAUCUAUGGAAGAUUCAGCGCGAUCCAAAAAUAUGGUCAAAUCCUUCUGAAUAUCAACCAGAAAGAUUUCUUACAAAUCAUAAAGAUUUGGAUAUAAGGGGGCAACAUUUUGAGUUAAUACCAUUUGGCAGUGGCAGAAGAAUGUGCCCUGGAAUUUCUUUUGCACUUCAAAUUCUACAAUUGACACUAGCUACUUUACUUCAUGGGUUUGACUUUUCACUACCGACAAGCGAGCCAAUCAAUAUGACUGAAAGUCUUGGACUAACCAACCUUAGAGCAACGCCACUUGAAGUUCUCAUCAAUCCUCGCCUUGAACCUCAUUUCUAUCACUAAAUGAAUUGCCAAAGAUGCAUUCGUAAGAAAACCAUGUACCAAUUCGUAGCAGUUGCUUAUCAUUGUGUAUCUAUAUUAAAGUCCACCUCAAACUUUUUUAGUAUUCAGCUCUAUAUAGCGUAUGGUGCUGUAACAAUAAUCAGAAAUAAAGUCUAUUUGAAAACUCCAA